CCCCACCCAGUCUCCUCAUCUUCUCCUCCCUCUCAUCGCCUCUACCGGCUGAGCUUUUACAAGCUCCAACAAGUAGCUGCGCCGUAUGCACGUCCACGGUGUCUCUCCAAUGGCGCUCCAAGCAUCGCUACCUUCCGCGUUCCUCGCGGCCCCGACCAUUGCUCACGCUUCUUGUCCGCGGCAGUUCAAAUUGCGUGCGAGCGCUGCGGCCGCGGCUAGCAGCGCCAGCGCCGGCGACGGGAAGGUGGUGACGAGGAAGGAGCCAACGACAGGCGCAUGGAAGAUCGAGUAUUCCAGCGAGAAGCCGGAGACGCCGCUGCUCGACACCAUCAACUACCCCGUCCACAUGAAAAACCUGUCCACCACGGACUUGGAGCAGUUGUCUGCGGAACUCCGGGCGGAGAUCGUGCACACGGUGUCCAAGACCGGCGGGCACCUGAGCGCCAGCCUCGGGGUGGUGGAGCUCUCGGUGGCGCUCCACCACGUGUUCGACACGCCGGAGGACAAGAUCAUCUGGGACGUCGGCCACCAGGCCUACCCGCACAAGAUCCUCACGGGCCGCCGGUCGCGGAUGCACACCAUGCGCAAGACCUCCGGCCUCGCCGGGUUCCCGAAGCGCGACGAGAGCGCGCACGACGCGUUCGGCGUCGGACACAGCUCCACGAGCAUCUCCGCGGCGCUCGGGAUGGCCGUCGCGCGUGACCUCCAGGGCAAGAAGAACCACGUCAUCUCCGUCAUCGGAGACGGCGCCAUGACUGCUGGACAGGCCUACGAGGCCAUGAACAACUCCGGCUUCCUCGACUCCAACAUGAUCGUCGUCCUCAACGAUAACAAGCAGGUCUCCCUCCCGACCGCCACCCUCGACGGCCCCUCCAAACCGGUGGGCGCACUCAGCAAGGCGCUCACCAAGCUCCAGUCUAGCACCAAGUUCCGCCGGCUCCGGGAGGCCGCCAAGACCAUCACCAAGCAGAUCGGCGGCUCCACGCACGAGGUGGCUGCCAAGGUGGAUGAGUACGCACGUGGCAUGAUCAGCGCCUCGGGCUCAACGCUCUUCGAGGAGCUAGGGCUCUACUACAUCGGCCCCGUCGACGGUCAUAGCCUCGAGGACCUCGUCACCAUCUUCGAGAAGGUCAAGUCCAUGCCGGCGCCUGGGCCCGUGCUCAUCCACAUCGUGACGGAGAAAGGGAAGGGGUACCCACCAGCGGAGGCCGCCGCGGACAAGAUGCAUGGCGUGGUCAAGUUUGACCCGACGACGGGGAAGCAAUUCAAGACCAAGAGCCCGACCCUGUCAUACACGCAGUACUUUGCUGAGUCGCUGAUCCGGGAAGCGGAGGGGGACGACAAGGUGGUGGCGAUCCACGCGGCCAUGGGCGGUGGCACGGGGCUUAAUUACUUCCAGAAGCGGUUCCCGGAGCGGUGCUUCGACGUGGGCAUCGCGGAGCAGCACGCCGUGACUUUCGCUGCAGGGCUCGCCGCUGAGGGCAUGAAACCGUUCUGCGCCAUCUACUCGUCAUUCCUGCAGCGCGGGUACGACCAGGUGGUGCACGACGUGGACCUGCAGCGGCUGCCGGUGCGCUUCGCCAUGGACAGGGCGGGACUCGUCGGUGCAGACGGCCCUACACACUGCGGCGCGUUCGACGUGACAUACAUGGCCUGCCUGCCCAAUAUGGUGGUCAUGGCGCCUGCCGACGAGGCGGAGCUCAUGCACAUGGUUGCCACAGCCAACGCCAUCGACGACCGCCCAAGCUGUUUCCGCUUCCCCCGAGGUAACGGCAUUGGCGCCGUGCUUCCUCUCAACAACAGAGGCACCCCCAUUCAGGUAGGCAAGGGGAGGGUACUCGUCAGCGGUAACAGGGUAGCCCUGCUAGGAUAUGGCACCAUGGUGCAGGCCUGCCUGAAGGCGGCGGAGGCACUGAAGGAGCACGACUUGUUCAUCACCGUCGUUGACGCCCGGUUCUGCAAGCCGCUGGACACGGAGCUCAUCCGUGAGCUCGCGGCCGAGCACGAGAUCCUCAUCACCGCCGAGGAGGGCUCCAUCGGAGGCUUCGGCUCCCACGUGGCGCACUACCUCAGCCUCAACGGCCUCCUCGACGGCCCCCUCAAGCUGAGAUCGAUGUUCCUGCCAGACCGGUACAUUGACCACGGCGCCGCGGAGGACCAGAUGGAAGCAGCUGGGCUGACGCCGAGGCACAUCGCCGCCACGGUGCUGUCCUUGGUGGGUCGGCCACUGGAGGCGCUACACCUCAAGUGAAUCAAUCAUCCAACUAGCAUGUGUCAGUGUUACACACCCACAUCCACAAUAUGACUCAGCACAUAAAAUAACGGAACUGCUGCUGCUCCCUAUUCCCUAACUGUCCCGGUGCAUGAACAGUACAUGCUGCCUUUGGCAAUGGCGGCAAGUUCUACGUGUGCGCUGCCGCGCAUGCCACCAUGGUAGUUUCUACCAAUUCGUUGGCGCAAGUGGUGCUUUACCCAAAACAAUCCAUGGAAGGGCUCGACAAUGCUACAACCCUAGGUAGCUGGAGAUGCCAUGCUAAUGUCCGUCAGUGCGCAUGUUCCAAUGCUUUAAGUCCAGAGAAGAUACAUUGGAGCCAUGCUUUGAGCCGGUGGAUAGAUACAUACAUACACAUGCUGACAUGCAUCCAUAUGUUUUUCCCUUGGGUAUUGUACAGAUGGUUGUUGCACGUCUAUUAAUUAAUUAAUUAAUCAGACCAUGAAAUGAAAUAUCUUGUCUUUAGUUCA